CUGCCGUUUGGCGCUUUUGUUUUCCUCUCGGUAAAAAGUAAGUACUACAUCUAGCGGAACGACCCUUACAACAAGUACAACCCGUCAAGUCGUUUUUAUUUUUAACUCGCCAAAAUAAAAAUAGAAAUAGAUACACUACGAAAAUGACGGACUUUCUCCGUAAUUUUGGAAAUUCGUUCACCCUUUUGGUCGGCAUAGCAUUACUACUCUACGGCAUGCGGGGUGCGUUGCGGAGUUGGUAUGGAUUGCAAAAAUGUCUGGGUCUGGAAACUUGUAAUGCUAAAAGUGAAUGGUAGACGCACUGCAAUACGCACCUAUGCAUGACAAAUUUUUUGGCUGCCAUGUUUUACGUAUUCCGCAUGGCAAACUGCGGUUUUGCAUGACAGGCAAGAGGGCCUUUUCGCGCCUAUGCAACACAGAUUCUCGAGCCAUGCCAGACAAGCAUGACAAACUUGCAUUCUUCCAGACCCAGACAUUUUCACAAUCCAGAGUUUGCGGGGAACGCUAAAAUGUCGAAUUUUGAUGCGCGCCUUCGGGUACUUCGACUUGAGGGAACGGGACCAAAAAUUGAAGGAGAAAAUUUACAAGCUCAAAAAGGAAACGGAACAGAAAAAAAUCCUAGGGCUCUUCAGCCGCAGGGUUGCAGCCCGGACGAUGAAUGCGGCUGCGGAUGCUAACGGGGGACGCGGCUUCGGACCUCCUCGUCCCGUCGCUGCCGCUGGAGAAGACAAUCACUUGUUUGACAACGACGAGCUCUAUUUUCCCACGACCAACAGCGCCCAACUCGACCACGAUGCUAACCUCAAUCUACCGGACAGUGGUAUAAUCAUGGCAAAUGGUGCCUAUCGAACAAACGGAGCAAGCAGCUUGCUGCCACCACCAGAUGAACAUGAGAGGCUGCUCCAUAACGACACGUCAACGCGCGUUCUUCUUGAACAGAUCGACGAGGUUGCGGAUGAUCACUCCUCUUCCGGCGAGUCUACCCCCGGUACGGAUUUGCCAAUCAUUUUCCAAAACCAAGAAUUUCAGCAGACGGAAAGGGGGAGGAAGUUAGAACACGCUCUGAAGCAGGAGCAGGCGCUUCUCAACGAAGAAAAAGCCAUCUGCAUCCACAACAUUCUUUCCUACGGCGAAGUGCACAUGAGUGAGAUGAUGGCGGAUCUAGAGGAAACCCCGUCUAGCGUGUUCAAGGGUACCUGGCUGGUCGCCUGCUUGCUCUUCAUGCAGGUAAGUUUCUUCGAGAUGCACUUUUUACCGCCGUACCUACUCAUAUCCCACGAAAAAUCUGUUUCACUGUGAUGGUUUUGCAAGAUCCGCGUCACAAGUUUGCUACAGAUGACACAGAAAAUUUGCCAUGCGCGCUUUCCAAGAGAAAACAUGCUUAAAAAUCCAAUGCCUUGCAGGUGUAGCAAGACAAAUAGUUCUGUGUUCCAUUCUAUGCAUCACAAGUUCACAGUGAAACAGUUUUUUCUUGCGAUAACUCACUUUGGUCUCCGCCCCCUGCCAGGAGGCCGGGAACGGGCCGGAUGACACCGGUGCCGGAGCCGCUGCGGGACAAGCAGCGCAGGACGACGCGUGCGGCCAGAACCAGCCGGCAGUGUUUAACCCAAUUGUGACGUUUCUCCGAUACACUUUCGACAUUCUCCGGGUGUUUUUGCUCGUUGGAGGGUUGAUGUUCUCCGUGUUUAUCCCCAGACAGAAGCGGAAGGAUUACUGGGCCUACGAUUUACCGAACGACAUUACGGACGACGAGGUAAAAUUACUCCUGAGAAAUAUGAGAGUGUCAGGACCGAAAUUGAGAAAGUUGAAAAACUUGUGAUGCAUAGAAUGCAACCCACAAGGUGCCUGUCUUGCAGAGUAGGCAAGUGAGGCAGAUUGUAAGCCUGUGGACUGGUAGAAAUAUAGCUGCUAAUAAAGUAAGUAGCAUGACAAGAAGCGUCUUCCUUUCCCAAACAGCACGACAAACUGAAACUCGGUCCUACCCCAAUUUGUCAUGCGCCACUUGAAAACCGGGCGCCAACUGGUAUCCGUUUUUUGCAACACAAAUUAUUUAUUUCAACUUUGUCGAUUUUGAUCCUGACGCCUCCAUAAGAAACCGCAACGUUUCCUUUCUCACUUCCGACGCGUGGCACGGGUGGGCUGCUGGGUAUCAUUUGUAAAAACGUCCCCACCCCAGAGUUGUAAUGCAAAUCUGCAUGCUGAAUAUGUUUCUCUUUCUCAUGCGGAAACCCAUGAGAAGCAGUUUCUAUUGGUGUUCUGAUAUUUGUGAUGCUCAAAUCCGCAUGGUAUGCUACAUCUGUGAUGCUGCUGCACUAGCUAAGCACGACUACAAUGCGAGCCCAAAUUUGUCAUGCGCAACAGCCAGAGCCGGGCGAUUUGUGUAGCAGAUUUCCCAUCUUGACUCUGGGAUGGGGACGUUUUUGCUCACCAUACUGGGAUAGCCGGGUUUAACGGAGUCGUUUCCUUUCUCUGCUUAUCAAGUGUAAAAAUGUCUGGGUCUGGAAGAAUUCAUGUCUGUCAUGCUUGUCUGGCAUGACUCUUAAAUCUGUCAUGCGCGUUACCCAAGAGCUCCGUUUUUCUGUGAUGCGGAAGCGCAGUCUGUCAUGCAGAAUAGGCAACACCUAGGAGCUCAGAAACUUGUCAUGCUGAGCCAGCAAUUGUGGCUUCCUCAUGAUACGCCACAGAGCAUCACAAGUUUCCAGACCCAGACAUCUUUACAUUUGAUACUGCUUCAUUUUCGACCUAUGGGCGCGAUGCGAGAUCGGGUGGAUAUCAAAAUGAAAAAUCUGCCCACCCCACACUCAAACUGGAAAUUUGUGAUGCUGAUUUGUGACCGCAAAUCCUUUUGUCAUGCUAGAAUGCAAAAGACGUAGACACUGUAGUGCUGGCUGGCGUGGAGAGGCCUUGCAUCUUCAGCAUGACUAGAGGAGACUGGCAGUGGAAAGCAGCAUGACAAAUUGCCUGCAAACAAGGCCACAGCUGCGUCUCUUGCCCUUCUAGCAAUACAAACGCAUAUGCGUACGCAAAUCCAGCAUCACAAGUCCGCUGUCCGAUACGGGGGGGGGAUUAUUCGUCACAAUACUGGAAUCAAGGCAUUUUCGAAUGGGUCUUCGAGCGGCAGAUGCUGGUGCAAAGAGCGAGCUUCGAUGUGUACGUCCGAUCGUCGGGCACGGUGGUGAUCGGAGAAGAUAAGGUGAAGCCAAACCAGGCCGGACCGAACAUUCCCUUGAUAACCCAGGGCAUCCCACCGAGCUUUGCCCACUACAACCCGAUCAAAUACUGCGACAACUUGACCAACGAUGGCAAAUUUUGGUACAAUUCCGGCUUCAAUAAUUUCAUCAAGUGCGCCCCCUUCCUACCGAACAAAAACGGGGAUAACUUUUGGACGCUUACUAUCCUGUGUAAAAACAUCCCCACCCCAGAGUUGUCAUGCAAAUCUGCAUGCUGAAAAAAAUGGUCCAGCCUCCCCUGUCCGGGUGGGGUUGCGGCUUAAGGGAGAGUCUCGCCCCUUAACCCAAAGGGGUGCGUCGUCUCUUCCGUGAGAACAAAAACGUAUGGCGUAAAAUGGGUCGGGUCCUGGAUCGUUCUGUAUGUUGGGCUGUCGGGCUCGGCUAGCUGGCCGGGCUGUGCUGAUCAGGUGUGGUGGGUAGCUCCCGACUGGUUGGUACUUUUAUUGGGGCGACUUGCCGUGGUAGCGCUCGGCUUUUGUAUGUUGAGGUCGCCGAAAGUGCUUCCUCGCCCACCCCCCGGGGAGGGGAUCCUUGACCUGUGGCGCUGGGAGCGGGUGUCCACUACAUGAUGAUGAUGAUGCGGAGACCCAUGAGAAGCAGUUUCUGGUCGUGUUUUGGGAUUUGUGAUGCUAGAAAUAGCAUCAUAUGCCAGAUCUGUGAUGCAGCUUCUGAACUAGCUAAACAGGACUACACUACGGGGACAAACUUGUCAUGCGAAACAACCAAAGUUGGCUGAUUUGUCUAGCAGAUUUUCCAUGUUGACUAUGGUGUGGGGACGUUUUUACUCAGGAUACUUACCCUCUUUCUCCGGUUAUUCGCUUUGAUCUGCUACAUCUGGUGCUGCGCGUCAAUGAUGCUGAAAUUCCGCCACGUCUUGGUCGGAAACAGCAGCUACUACCGGGGGCUGCGGUAUCCUGUGCAAAAGUAUCGUAUUCGUAUUGCAAUCAUGCAUUACAAAUUUUUUUCGUAUAGGUAAAUCAGCAUUACAAAUUCAUUAUUUCUCAUGCUGAGGAAAAAUUUGUAAUGCAUUUUUUAUACGAGUGCGAUACUUUUGCAAUUCAUAUGCGGGCGGAAAUCGCGAUUGUGAAAAUCGGCGCGUGGGAAGCGGCCUUUAUCGCGAUCGGGGUUUGGUUAUCAAACGCAAAUAUGCCUGGGUCUGGAAACUUGUAAUGCUGAGUGGUCAUGAUUGGGUUUGCCUUUAAGUGCAGUGAAGCAUGACAAAUUUUUCAAACGCUUUCUACUCAUUGGUAGCACGCAUUACAAGCUGCGACUUUGCACGACGAAAGUUCGGAGCUUUUUUUGCUUUUGCCGCUCAUGCAAUACAGAUUUUUCCGCAAUGCCAGACACGCAAGACAGGUUCAAUCUUCCCAGACCCAGACACUUUUGCAUUUGAUAUUGGUACCGACCGCUGGGGUUGAACGACUACCUGUUGUGGGGAUAUGCAAUGCAAAAGCAUCGUACUCGUAGUAAUUGCAAUCAUGCAUUACAAAUUUUUUUCUCAAGGUAAAUCCGCAUGACAAAUUUUAUUUCUCAUGCUGCGGAAAUUUGUCAUGCAUUUAUACGAGUGCGAUACUUUUGCAGUGCAUAGGGGAAACAUGCCGUGGAUUUCGCUUUUUCUGUUUCUCUUCGUGCUGUUUGUUCUCUGCUUGCUGUUAUCCGGGUUGGUGAAAUCCUGGACAGACUUGAUGGUUGAUUUUGAAUACCCCCACUGUUUAUCAAAUGCAAAUGUGUCUGGGUCUGGAGGGUUGGAACUUGUGAUGCUAACUUUGGACUCUGAAAAAAUCUGUAUUGCAUGACCAGCAAGAGGAGCCCAGUUUGUGCUACGCGGGGAGGGCAUUUGUCAUGCGGGAUAGGCAUCGGGAAGGCCUCUAAAAAUAUGUGAUGCUAGAUCAUGCAUUACAGACAUUCUGAGUCAUGCAAAAUAUGCUUGACAAACCUGGCAACCUUCCAGACCCCGACAUUUUUGCGUUCGAUACUGUUCUUUAACCAGCAAAUUCGACUACAGCUGGCGGACCUACGAAAAAUUUUUGGAAAAACACCUACGGGGCGUCCUAUCAACUGCAAAAAUGUCUGGGUCUGGAAAAGUCGGGGUUUGUCAUGCACAUUUUGCAUGACCACCCGUGAGGUCUGUGAUGCUGGUGCUAGCAUCACAGAUUUUGUGAAAGCUUCUUGAUGCUAAUUACGCAUGAGAAAUUAUGCUCUCUCCGCGUGCCAAGAACUGACUCGUCCUGCUGCUCAUGCAACACAAAUAUUUUUAGAAUUCGCAGACAGCAUUACAAGUUCCACUCUUCUAGACCCAGACAUAUUUGCAAUCCAUACGUCCAGGGGACGAGGCGGGAAGUGUUGAAAUCCAGGGGGGAAAACGAAGAUUUUGAAGAGCUUAUUGACAGGAAAAAUCUCCCCUCCCCAUAUUGAAAAGGCAUGUUUCCGAAAAUUUGUCUUGCUGAUUUGAGGCCACAAAUCACGUCUGUCUUGCAUGAAGACAAGUGCAAAGCCUUCCCCGCCCAUAUGGAAGCGAUUUGCCAUGCUGUUGGGCCUCGAGGACAGCCAUUUGCAAUGCUAAGCAACUAGACCCAAACGCCCCGCCCUAGGCUGAGGAUCCGGCUGCGAUGCCGUAGGUAUCGCAAGACAGCGCGCAUUUGUGUACGGAAAUCCAGCAUGAGAAACUUCGUCUCGAUAUGGGGUGGGGAGAUUUUUCCUUCUGAUAGAGCUGAUCAACCUGCCCCCGGACGAGCUUCCCGUCGGGCAGGUUUUGCUGUACAAAACCAUACCAAAUGCAAAUAUCUAGCCUGGGUCUGGAAAGUUGGAACUUGUAAUGCUAGCUUUACAUUCCUGGGAUAUCUGCAUUGCAUAACAAGCAAAAGUCGCAGCCAUUUUUGUCAUGCAGCAAGAAGAACGCAGGUUCUCAUGCGGACUGCCUAUGAGAAAGCGUCCUGGAUAGUUGUGGUCAUGCUGGACUGCAUUCGGAAGUGUUUCCAUUAUCCACAUUUUAGCAUCGCAAGUUUCCAGAUCCAGACACAUUUGCAUUUGAUAAACCAACCCCGCGUACAAAACCGCGGGUGGCGCCGCGUUUCUGCGGAACAGCACGGCGGGGAGGUUGAGUCGGAUCGCGUUCGAAGAUGUUGAGCAUGAGGAACAAACCCAUGUAGAAGAGGAGGCAGAUGUUAGCCAUGGCCAUCUUCCGCCAAAUUCUGUCAACAACCCUGCAUCUUCUUUCCUCACCCCGCCCGGAGCAGCCGCGCCUUUGUUCCCAGCACAUAGUUCUUACACUCGCCCAGCUGCACGACCCUCUUCGAUCGCGACCAGUAGUCCACCGGAAUCUUCUACUUCGCAGAGGUUGUCCGCGACAAAAACCGUUGGGAGCACCACGAGCUCGAUGAUGGGCCUACGCAAACGGUUUCACGAUCAGAAUCCCUGGUUAGAUCGGAGUGUGCGGGAGGCCAUGAUCAGGACAAAUUCGUUCGGGCCGCGCGCAGGGGCUGAUGUUGGUCGGGGGAGUAGUAUGAAUGUUGCGGAGAGCAGCGGCGCCCCAAACAGCAGCAGUUACAACCUCAGGAGUUAUGAACUGCAAAAGUAUCGUACUCGUAUAAAUGCAUCACAAACUUCCUCAGCAUGAGAGAUAAAAUUUGUAAUGCGGAUUUACCUUAAAAGAAAGAUUUGUAAUGCAAGACUUGCAUUUAUACGAAUACGAUACUUUUGCACAGGAUAG